AUGGAUUUGAGUGCAUUUCGUUGGCCUAUCAAGUCAAAGGGCUAUCCCGACCAGGUGGUGAAGCUUUGUAUUGGAAUGUUUGAUGCUGAGAAAACAUUUUGCAAUGCAAGCGUGCAGUUUGCCAAUGGAAUCCGUGAUCUGGCUGUUCAUUCACAUAAAGAUAAAAUGAUUGAGACCAGUUUGCUGAAGUUUUCGGAGGCCCUGAACGACAUUGUCACUUACCGCACAAUGUUUAUGGAGCAAGGCCAGAAAUCAGUAAAAACUCAACUACAGACCUUUGUAAAGGAGGUAAACCCAAAUCAGAUCAAAGGUCAACUAGGAAAAGCACUUUUAACCCACCCUAUUUUAAAUAUUUUUGGAGAACUGAUAGAGAAAGAUCUAAGACAAAUGAGAACAAGUUCAAAACAGGUGCAGUUUAGUAAUCUGGAACCAAAAGAAUGGGAAUUGAUGGAAUUGUUGAAAAAAGAAGGCUGCAGAAUUAUGAAACCAGACAAUGGGAGGGGGGUGGUACUGAUGUAUGAGGUGGAUUAUGAUGCUCAUAUUUAUGAAAUGUUGCAGGAUGAAGAACAAUAUGAAGUGAUAUCCAAAAAUGAAAUGAAUAUAGCCCAUUCAAAAAUUGAAUACUUAUUGUAUGAUCAUUUAUUACAGGGGGUUAUUAAUGAGAGGAUAUACAAUUUCCUACAUGUAGACAAGCCUAAGAUUCCAGUUAUUUUCGGGAUACCGAAAACGCACAAAGGGUUGGAACAAUUGAGAUUCAGGCCAAUAGUGGCAGGUGCAGGAAGCAUCACGGAGCCACUAGCUAAGUUUAUUGAUGAAAAGCUGAAGGAAUUUAUGUCCGUAAUAGGACACAUUUGCAAGGAUUCUUGGGAAUUUUUAAAAGACAUUAACGACACAUGGUUUGAUACGCAACUAUGGAUGUUGAUCAUAGAUGUGGUAGAAUUAUUCCCCAGUAUUCCGCACCAAAUAGGAUUAAAAUGGUUUGGAGAGUUGCGUAUUGAUCUGCUAUGUGUAAAUGACCAUGUAGUUAGUCUGUUUCCCGAAAGUGAAAUAAAGCAAUAUAGUAGCACACUGAUCAACGUCCUUCAGUCUAAAAGCAGAUCAGAAAUACUGAAAUCGAUGCUGUCUUUUAUGUUUGCGCACUUGACCUUCUUCCAUCAAGGAUAUGACCUGUUUAGUGAACUUGAGCCUUACAUGAAGGAGCUUACCUCACAGUUGGAUCAGCUUGUUGUAGAUGGUAAAAAGGAAAAGAAGGAGAUGGAGCAGAAGCACUCAACAAUUCAACAGAAGUUGUAUUGCAGAUUGCUGCAAGUGUGUGUCUCCGAUUACCGUCUUGUUUUCUAUGCUCCACACUGUUGCAUACUAUGCACCAAAGCUGAAGCAGGGCAGAAGUUAGACAAACUUGAGUUGAUCACAAGUGACAGCAAGGGUGAACUAGGCUGGCGAUGGUUCUCAAUACAGAAUAACCAACUAGUUUACCAGAAGAAGUUUAAGGACAGUCUUACUGUUGUCGUAGAAGAUUUGCGUCUUUGUACAGCCAAACACUGUGAAGACAUUGAAAGAAGAUUCUGUUUUGAAGUGGUCUCUCCAACAAAGAGCUGCAUCCUUCAGGCAGAUUCAGAAAAACUUCGUCAGGCAUGGAUUCAAGCUGUUCAAACCAGCAUUGCUACAGCAUUCCGGGAGAAGGGGGAGGAGGCUGAGAAAUUAGAGAGAAGGUCAUCUGGUUCAGCUGCUAUUUUGGAUUCUGGUGGGGAAUCAAAAGAAAAGUUGUCUAAAGGAGAAAAUCUACUACAACAGAUCCAAAGUAUCGCAGGCAAUUCCAGCUGUUGUGACUGUGGACUAACAGACCCCCGCUGGGCAAGCAUUAACCUGGGAAUUGCUCUUUGUAUUGAGUGCUCUGGAAUUCACAGGAGCCUUGGUGUGCACUUUUCUAAAGUCAGAUCCUUGACAUUGGACACAUGGGAGCCUGAAUUGCUAAAGCUGAUGAGCGAAUUGGGGAAUACUGUAAUCAACCACAUCUAUGAAGCUCGAAUACAAGAACUAGGAGCAAAAAAGCCACAACCUGGAGACCCAAGGCAUGAAAAAGAAGCAUAUAUUAAGGCAAAAUAUGUGGACAAAAAGUUUGUUCAGAAGCCGUGGCUGUCUUCACUGAAGCAGAUGUCAAGAGUCACUGUCAACAGCAGACAUAGUCGUGAAAGCAGUGAUGGCUCUGCAAAGAUAACUGAAUCUGCAUUGCAGUCAGGAGCUUCUCAGCGAUCAUCAGCAAGGAGUGGUGACAGUGGACUUCAGAACCGUUCUAAUGGUAGCAGAGAAGAAUUUCUUUCCUCUCCUUCCUCAAAGAAUGUGAAUGAAACAGUUGGAGAAAGUAUGAACUUGCCUGUAUUCACUGAAAUGCCGGACCUUAAUCCAGGAUUGCAGCUUUAUCGUGCAGCUUAUGAACGGAAUCUUCCAGGCAUGGCAGAAGCACUGGCACAAGGAGCCGAUAUAAACUAUGUCAAUAAUGAAGAUAGUGGAGGAACUGCUCUUAUACAGGCGGCUUUGGGGGGCUCCAUUGUUGCUUGCGAGUUUCUGCUGCAAAAUGGUGCUAAUGUGAACAUCAGAGACGGACGAGGUAGAGGACCACUUCAUCAUGCUACUAUCCUAGGACAUACUGGGCAGGCAUGCUUAUUCCUGAAACGUGGAGCUGACCAACAUGCAACUGAUAACAAUGGAAAGGAUCCAUUAGCUAUAGCUGUAGAAGCUGCGAAUGCUGAUAUAGUUACUUUGCUACGGCUAGCAAGGAUGAAUGAAGAAAUGCGAGAAUCAGAAGGACCAUAUGGACAAUCAGGUGAUCAGACUUACCAUGAUAUUUUCCGUGACUUCUCUCAAAUGGCUUCUGAUAACCCAGAGAAAUUAAAUCGAUACCAGCAGAAGGAUUCUGAUGGACAUUAAUCACAGCAAAAGCUAUCCAUUUUCAUUUAUUCUUUCGUGCUCAAAUCAUCCCUUUCUUGAUUUGUUUAAUUUCAAAAUUCAAGAAAUCAUUUUAAUAAUUCCAAAGACUGCAUGUAUUUUGGCAUUUUUAGAAGCUCUAAUUCAUAGAUUUAAACUGAAAAAGGAAAUGAAGUAAAUGUUUUCUAGGUUGUCUAUUUGUAUAUCUGUGAUUUCUUUUAAAAUGAGGCAGUAUGUGCAAUAUGUAUACCUCUAAAAGUUAAUUAAAAGUGUUGUUAGAAUGGGUCCCAAGAUAAUAGAGUAUUAUGUUUACAAACAUCUGAUUUAUGUGGGUUUUAUGUUUUUCUUAGGAUGAAAUUCUGCAGUGUAAUAAUUUGGAAACCAGAAUGAUAAAAUAAUUUUUAUCUAUGGGCAAAGCUGCCAAACCUUUCAUAUAGGGAUUUCAUCCCUUAAAUUAUUUUUAUAUUGUAUAAAAAGGUUUUAAGAUAAAAAAAAAAUCUGGCUUUCUGUUAACUUUAGCAGUUCAUGUACUGUGGAGUUCCAUUCCACAGUACCUAUCUAAUUGCACACAGUUUUGUGAUUUGUUUAGCAAGUUACAUUAAUUGCAAAUUGCAUUCCUCUUAGUUUGAAGCAUUGAUUGGAAAUAUUUUAAGAUUUGUCAUUUGUAGUCUGUGUUGUAAGUUAAUACUUGGAUUUUGUCUGAAAUGGGCCCUGCAUCACUGAAUAGCUGUAUAAUUAUAUUUUUGCUAAAUUGUAUCAAUCUUUUGUUAUCUAUGUGUAUGGAUUUAUGCAGUUAACCGUGAGAAUGAAAAUGAACACGUAAAGCAUUUUUAAAUUACAAAUCUGAAAUCAUAAAAUGUUCUCACUUCAA